AUGAGUAAAAAUGGAGUAAGCGAGCCAGAGAUUCAGGAUUUGCUUAAUCCGAAGAAAGGAGUAGAGAUUACAGUCAAGAAGAAACCCAGAAAGAGAAGUAGAAUGACAAAGAAAAAGCGCGAAUUCCUCAAAAAACUCGCAACAAAGAUAAAAAAGCCGAAAGAAUACACAGUAGAUGAAGAAAUGACCUCACUAGGUAUUCCACCCUUCCUACAACAUGCAUAUCUAAACGGUAUUCCUCAGCCAUCCAUCACAAAGCUCAGAGAUUGGCAAAUCGAAUUAUGCAAAGACGAGAACUGGAGACAAGGCAAGAACACUGUAUUAUUAGUACCUACAUCAGGUGGUAAGACAGUAGCAGCAGAUUUAGCUGUAGCUCAAGUUCUUCAAGAAAAUAAAAAUUCAAAAGUCAUUUAUACAUUGCCAUUCGUUGCCUUAGCGAACGAGAAGUACACAGAGUACGAGAAAAGGUUCUUCGAAUACCAAGUCCGCCCUUUCUACCAAAAUAUCGGUGGAUCAGAUUUCAGAAGAGGAAACAUCGCAAUUUGUACAUAUGAAAAAGCCCAUGCCUUAUUAAAUUCUGCCAUCCAAGGCGGUUAUUCCCAUUCAAUUAAAUUAAUAAUUAUUGAUGAAGUGCAUAUGAUAGGCGAAGAAGGGAGAGGAUCAGUUAUAGAAGCAUUGAUACUCAAAGCAAAACUAAUGAAUGAUAAACCAAGGUUGAUUACGUUGACAGCAACAAUUAAUGAAUCAGAUUGUCAAAAAUUAGCGAAUUGGAUUGAUGGAAACACAUUUAUUUGGAGAACAAGACCUACACCAAUCAAGCAGAUCAUUAAGAAACAGGAUGGUUCGUUGAAUUUAAUAACAAAUGAAGGAAAUCUUCAAAAAAUUUUGACAAUAAAAAGUUCGAAUGAUGACAAAGACCAUUUAAUGCCAUUAAUAAGGACAUUGUUGAGUAAGAAACCUGAUUCCUCAGUUAUUGUAUUCGUAAACACACGGAAUGAUACAAUAAACAUAUCGAAUUUGAUUUCGAAAUACAUGUACAAUGAUAAAAUAAAUUUACCAAAAUUGAAACAACCAUCAGAAGAACUGAUAAACAGAAGGAAUAAACUUAUAAAAGAUUUAGCAGCAAACAGUGGAAUUAUUGAUGAAAACACUGCUAAUUGUAUUAAAUCAGGAGUUUUGUUUCAUCACGGUGGAUUGUUGAUGGAAGAUAGAAAACUCAUUGAAGAAGCAGCGAGAAAUAAAACAAUCAAUGUUUUAGUUGCAACAACAACUUUGUCUGCAGGAGUAAAUAUUCAUGGUGUUGCAAGAGUUAUUAUUCAUAAUAUAUAUAGAUACAACCAGAAAAAGAAACAACUGAUGCCGGCAAGUCAGUACACACAAAUGGUUGGAAGAGCUGGAAGAAGUGGUCUUCCUGGAGAAGCAUUCAUCUGCAUGAAAUCAAAUAAUCAAAGUGAAAUUAAUGAUAUUUUGAAUCUGUCAAAAAAUAAAAUUCCUGAUAUUGUUCCGCAUCUUUUGGAUGGAGAAUCUACUGAUAAGUUCUUUCUCCAGUGUCUAGCAAUUAAACUACUGAGACCAGACAAUGGUUUGAGAACAUUUGUCGAAAACUGUUUCACUUUCGCUUCUUCAAACAAAGAAGAAAUGGAUUUCCUGUCUAAAUUUGACCAAAAUCAAAAUGAAAAUGGAAAUUCUCUUGAUGAAAAUGGAAUAAUUCUUGAUAAGAAUGGAAAGAUUAGUUAUAUAAAUGAGAAAAAUGAUUUGGAAAAUCAAAAUGUUCUUGUUGGAAAUGGAGAGAAUGAUAUUAGAAAUGAACAUUCAAAUGAAAGUUUCGAAUGUUUAAAUGAUAGAUUUGAUGCAGAAAAUGGGAAAAAUGAAGUUGAAAAUGAGAGUUUAGAGAAAAAUGGAGAUGAUUCAAUGGAUAAUAUGGAUUUUUUGGCAAUGAUAGAUAAUGAGAAUGGGAAUAAUGGUAUAAAUGAUGAAAGAGAUGAAAAUUCUCAUGAAAAUAAGGAAAAUUUUAAUGUUUUUCAAAAUAAUAUUGAAAAUAAUUCUUCAAAAACAGAAGAAAAUCAAGCUAAAAUUGAAAGUUUUAAUGGUGACAUUGAAAUUGAUUCUAAUUCUAAGGAUUUUAAUGGAGAUCGAAAUCAAAAUUCUGAAAUUUUGUCUGACAUCAAUAAAAGUGACAGAAUUGAUGUAAUGAAUGAAGAAAAUGAUGAAUUUCGAAUUAAAAAUGAAGAAAGAAUGUCAAAAAUCGAUGAAUUGUGUCAAAUUAUCGGCAAAAGAAUGAAAGAGGACGAAUUGAUAGAUGAUGACAUGAAGGUCACCAAGUUUGGGAUGGCUGUAGCUGGUAGUUCUCUUUCUGUUGAAGAAGGAAAAAUUUUGAAAAAAAUUAUUUCGAAAACCGAAGAAAAUCUUUGUAUUUCCGAUGAGAUACAUUUAUUAUCUCUUUGUAUUUCCCCUCUUUCUGUAUCUAAUUCGGUGAAAUCUCUUCCAUAUGACUCUCCUAUUUUGAUAAGAAUAUUUUCGCAGCACAGGCAUGUAAUAAAAGUCGUAACCGGAAUGAACGAUGCCCAAAUCGAACACAUGCAGGACUUAGUAAAGAUUUAUGGAGGAAAUGGACGAAUAAAUCCUGCAAUUGACAGUGAUUUGGACAGAAUAUUUGCAGCAGUGAUACUUAAGGAGCUGAUUAAUGAAGUUCCGAUGAAAGAAAUUUCGAAAAUGUUCCAAAUUGAUUUUGGAUCGAUACAAAAGCUUCAAAUGGAAGCAGCUACGUACGCAGGACAGAUAAAUAGGUUCUGCGAGAUAACUGGUUCGGUUGUUUUGGCUGGAGCUCUGAAUAAAUUCCGUCAAAGACUGAAUUUUGCUGCGAGAACUGAUUUACUGGCUUUGAUGUCGAUUCCAAGCUGUUCUAGAGAUACAGCAAGAAAACUGGUUGACAAAGGUAUAAAUACCCCGAUAGAUCUUGCAAAUCUCUCUGUAAAUCAAAUUGCAGGGUUACUUGUAAAUGAGGGGGAAACACCUGAUGAAUAUUUAUUUGGAAUUUCAAAGAAAUUGCUGUCUGACGCCACUGUUUUCGCUCAGAGCCUUGAGAAGAUCGAAGAACUUGAGGAUAAGGCUGUAUUGAACUAUCAAUGA